CCCGUCAAAGAGAAGAUAAAUAGAACGGUACUAGCUGAAGCUGAAAGGCCUUCUUAUGUGAGCAGAAAUUACACUUAAAACACUUAUUUUAUCAGUGACAGUGUAGUCUGUUUCUACUCGAUAUGGUGUCACACAAACAGAAAAAGCUAUGGAGGUUCAUAGAGGACGGAGAUUUGUUGCAGCUAAAGUCUUACUUGAAGAAGCACCGGGACGUCAGUGUGAACUUCUCCCGGGGAAGGAGGCAGAGGAGCCCGCUACACCUGGCCUGUUCCCUGAAAAACGACGAUAUGCUGCGGCUGCUGCUCAAACACGGAGCCGAUGUUCUCCGGAAAGACCGGAAAGGAGACACGGCGUUACACAUCGCGGUGAACAAGGCUCUGAAAUACGGGAAAAUGGAAUAUGACGAUUUUGUUGUGCCUCUGAAAAAGAGCUGCCCAGAAGCUAUGAAGGCUCCUAACAAUGCUGGAGUCACACCAGAAGACCUGCUGGAGUGGAUGAAACACAAAGAGCCUGCAGAUGAUUUGAGCAGUUCAUCUGAAUCUGAUCCUGAUGAAGCUGAUCCUGAGAAGGAGUGGCUGAAUAAGCUUUUUGAUGAAUGCGAGGAUGAAUUUAAUGAGGCGUUUGGAGCAUAUGAUGAUUAUUUUUCCUCUGAUGAUGACGAGGAAGAUUUUGGCGACUGGGCUGAUCGCAUCAGAAGAGAGUAUUUUGAGAAAAAGCACGCUGAAGCUCAAAGACUGGCUGCCUCAUCUUCUGGGUGGAAAAAGAGAAAGACUCCACGGGAGAGAGAGCAGGAACAGCAAACCAACAAGGAGAAUCUGGAGCGACUGCAGAGAGAACAUGAAGAGUAUCUGGCUCGAGCUGCUCGUAAAGAGGAGGAGACUCGGCAGGGGAAGAAGCGCAAGUACGAGGAGGGCUGUGCAGCUACAUUCCACGGAAGCUCCUCUGGUGACAGCAAAAAGCUGAGCUACAGUGACAUCCCUUGGCCGGCUGCACGAGGCACCGUGAAGGAGAUGGUGGAGGUGAUGCUGCAUGGCGUGGAUCGCAGAGACACAAAGGCGUUUUGCAAGGCACUUCGCAAACAGCAAAUGCUGUGGCAUCCUGAUAAAUUUGCUCAGAGGUGUGAGGCUCGGUUAGAAGAGAAGGACAAGCAACGAAUUCUGGAAACAGUAACUGCUCUAUCACAGGAGCUCAACAGAGUGGCACAGAGCCUGAGGACUUAAACACUUGGUAAUAAUUCAGCUGAAGGUUUUCUGGAUAUUUGCAGAAAUAUUUCCAUUAAUGCAAGAGAGCCAAACAGCUGAGUACACUUUGUUUACUUGUUAUCACUUUAACAAACUCAUACAGGCUUAAAGCCCAGUGCCAUGCAUGUAAAUGUUUACAUAGCUCAUUCAAAUACAUUCAAAUCAGAGCACCAACAUCUGUUGGCAUGCAUUCAAAUGAAGAUUUGUGGGAUUAUAGAAGUUUAAAGUCAACUAAGCUAUCAGGGAAAACUGAAAGUAAUAAAAUAACUAAAACUAGAAUAUACAAAUACAAUAAAAUGUACAUGGGGACAAAAUAUCCUUAUUUUUAGUCCCUGACAGCAGCGUACUGGCUGGCAUGUACACCCAACCCUGGGUGAUUUUAUAUGGUAUGAUUUGAUUGAAGAAGCCCUUAAACUAUGGCAAUAUUAGGUCUUGAGUACUGAAAUAUCACAUUUGAAUAAAUAGAAUUUAAAGAAUCAAGAGUACCGUAUUUGGCUAUACUUUCUGUAUGUGUACUUUUUCUGGUCCUGUUAGGCCUUAUCUAAUCUUGCAAAGCCAAUGGAUUGGCCAGAUUUCAUGUCAGUCAUCAGGCAAAUCUACCUUGCAAAGCAAGCUCUAGUCUGAGACAAUUGUGCAAGGUCUGAGUAAAAACCAGACAUCUCUGCGUCAUUUGAGGAAAAUGAGGCAGUAGCUACAGGCAGGGAUUAGUUGUGCUGGUAGCUGGAAGCAAUGGCUGCCACUGGUGUAGCAAUGAGCUCAGAUGCAGCUGUAGUAUGGUGGUAGUUUAAUCAGAACUAGGCCUUAGAGCAGAGAACAGCGCUGAAAGCUUCUCUUGGCAGAGUAGAUAUUUUUGCACUUCUCCUGACCAGCCUCAGCAUGAGUUUUAUCCAACAACAAGCUCCGCCGUUCAUAUGCAACGAUAGCAUAUCGUGAUGUAAUUAGCCGUUACAAUAUCUUAUUUCAAAAGUAGUUGCCCUACAUAGUUAAUGUUUCUAUGUAAGCUGAUGUUAGCUUUAGCAAUGUUAGCUUUGUUAAAGUGUUUUUGUGGAGGAUAAGCUUUCCCUCUGUAAGCAGACUGUUCAGCUGGCUAAAGUGGGUGUAUUUUUAAACUUUUAUCUUCGGUGUCCUAACCCUAACAAGAAGUUUAUUCUAAUUUUAUUUUGAAAGUUUUGCUUGCAUUUCUGUUCUGACACUGCCAGUGUCUGACAGCAGUGGUCUGCAGAGCAGAAGUCUAAGAGAGGCGGUCUGCCCAAAUAGUCGUGACAGACAGAACAUUCAUCCAAUCACCAUCUGAGAAAAUUGCCUGGUAUGGGGGGUUUUCCCAGAUAUUGGUUUUCGUUUAUGCUUGUAAUUCAUGACACAGUCUAUCUGGUGUGUCAGGUAUCCCAUGGUACUGAAAAAACCCUGAAACACUGAAACUAAUAAAAACUAAAUCGUUUGCUAAAUGAAAAUUAAACUGCAAUAAAACAAAUUAUUCUGACCUCGAAGGUCAGUCUAGGCUCAUUCUUUAAAACUGGUGGUGCUUAAUUUACAAAUAUGUAUCAAACAGUAUCACAUAAUUGUACUGAGGGAAG